AAAAGGAAGUCGCGCAUUUCAUAUUCGCUUCCGUGUGUUAUAACAACCUGAAGAAAUCGGAGAUAAACGAAAAAAUGAGCAAACAUGCAAAAGUUGACAGUACUUUUACUUUUCACUAAUUUGAACUCAGACUCCUGCAGAUGAAUAUAAAAGCUCCAGCAAUUUCUGUACAUUCUGGACCUCCUUGUCUAAGACCACAAAAUUGAUCGGAAAAUGGAUUUUAUCAAGAAGAACUAUGAAGCACUUGUCCAAAGAAUGGGGAAAACAACCAUCACCCAAAUUGUGGACUACUGUUACUCUCAAGACAUUUUGGACUCUGAGGAAAGUGAUGCCAUCCUUUGUAAUAAACAAGAACAGAAGGCAGCACGGAUGAUGAUCACCAUAAUUAGGAAGAAAGGAGCAGCCGCCUGUGAUGCAUUCGUUGCUUCUUUAGAAAAGCAUAAUCGUUACCUUUAUGAGGAUUUACAGGAGAACUGUUUACCCCAGCAAAUGACUCAAAGGGACAUUGAAAAAAUGGCUGAAGAUUUAAAGGCUUUUUACGUCUCAGCAACAUUUCGAAGGUUUCACCCAUUAGGAAAAGACAUUGACAUAAUUUUUGAUUUAAAUACAACAUUUACUGAUGCUGAACUUUGGGAAAAAGACCUUUUAAACCGAAGACUGAAAUGUUUGUUGUUCACAAAGCUUCUAGAUGAGUUUAAGAGUCCCACCAUCAUUGAAGGUGAUGCUGGAAAAGGCAAGACAACUCUGCUGAAGAGAAUUGCUGUCCUCUGGGCAUCUGGCGAAUGCACACCUUUGAAAAAAUUCAAGUUAGUGUUCUUUAUUCAGUUAAGCACUGCCACUGAGAAUAUUUAUGAAACGGUAUGCAGGCAGCUCCUUGGAAUGCACAGUGAUAUAGGAAAGAAAGCCUUUACAAAAGCCAUAUCGGAGCUAAAGCGAGAGGUUCUCUUCCUUUUGGACAGCUAUGAUGAAUUUAAACCAUCCAACUGCCCAGAGUUGGACUCCCUUAUAAAAGAGAACACUCACUUCAAAAAUAUGGUAGUGUUGACAAUCCGUACUGAGUCAAUAUCAAGGGUGCGACAGUAUGGUGAAACAAUCACAGAAAUAGGAGAUUUCACAGUAGAGAACGCUACACUACUGGUGAGAAAUGUCUUGGAGCCUGAGUUGUCUAACACUCUCCUUUUAGAACUUCAUGCGUCCAGCACUAUGAAAGAGUUGAUGAAGACACCUCUCUUUGUUGUCAUCACUUGUGCUAUUCGUAUGGGAGAAACCAGCUUUAUACCAAAAACCCAAACAGCACUUUUCUGCACCUUAUAUGACCUUAUGAUUGAGAAGAACCAUUAUAAAAUGCAUGGAACCUCCAACCAUAUGAUUAGCGAGAGCAUCGAGAGGUGCAAGCAGCUGGCCUUGGAUGGAGUAUUUCAGGAAGAAUUUAAAUUCACUCUUGAUGAUUUGCUUUCUGAGCAUCAUGUGCAAGUACUGCUGGACACUGGGCUUCUCAACAAAUACUCUGCGCAUGUUCUGAAACCAAUUUACAGUUUCUUCCACAAGACAUUCCAAGAGUACAUCGCAGGACGUAAACUGACAGAAUUAUUAACAUCUGCUGUAAAUGAGGAGGUCAACCAAGGGCUUAAGUACUUAAACAGAAUCGAUAAUAUUUCAGACAUUACUAACAAAUACCACAAGCUGCUGUUGUAUAUUUGUGGGUCCUCCCAGUAUGCUGCAGGAAUAGUUAUAAAGCACAUGGCAGGUAUUCAUACCCAUGGGAGACUUCUUGACGUGUCUUCUGGUAGUAAUGGGCAGAAUAUUGUAUUGGAUGAUGAGCAUGGUGAAUCACUGCAAAACUUGGCUGAGCUUCAGAAACUCCAAGAAGCCAGCAUGAAUGCUUUUGUGGGUUGUGCGCUGAGUUUUUUUUCUGAAAGUUUAUCUAAAUCUUCUUUGAGCAGAGAAUUUGAAAUAUUUUUUCAGGACAAAACAUUAUAUAUCAAUAGUAUGAAGAUCUCUGAAUCCCUAUUUGACUUCUUUAAAUAUUUACCUAACUGCCUUACCGCACUGGGCCUCAUCCAGUUGGACCUAUUUCCAGUUAGGCAAGGUAGCGAAAGCCUGAAUCAAAACAGACCAAAGACUUUUAUUCCCAAUAAGGCUGUCUCUCUGUUCUUCGACUGGACGAAUACCUUGAGCACCAUAGAAGUAUCCUUGAAAGACUUUCAGCAAUUGUCUAGGAAAGAUGUUACAUAUUUGGGAAAAAUCUGUUGUUCAGCUUCAAGUGUAAGGCUGCAUAUUAACAACAGUGAUGGUAUAAAAGGUAAGCUGCAUGUCAUCCUAGAGACUUGUGAACAAAACAUGGAAGAUCUCAUCAUUGAAGAUACACCUCUAACCCUGAGUGAUGAGCAGCAGAUCUGUUCCAUGAAACAUUUGAAGACAUUAUAUAUUAGCUAUCUGGAAGCUGAACAACUGCAAGGGGGGCUUUUUGAAUGCAUUCAGAACUUGAAGAAAGUCCACAAUCUGACCCUGGACAAUGUAAAGAUGACAUACACAGAUGCUGAAAAAAUUGGUCAAGGUUUAAGGCAUUUAAAUCAGCUAAGACAUCUGCAUUUAUCCAGAGUAACAGAAACUGGAGACGGCUUCAGCUUUGUUUUCGAUGCAAUAACCCACCAAGUAUCUCCCCUUGAAAAUCUGGAAAUUGUCAAUUGCUGCUUAACAAAAAAAGCUUUCAUGAUCCUUGUUGAAAACCUUCAAAACAUUCCACAGCUUAAAGUACUUGACUGUUCAAAAACAGCCCUUGGACAAGAAUCAAGUGACUGCAUUGGCCAGCUAGCUGAAAAGUUAAAUGAGCUCCAGAAGCUGAAGAUUCUGAUGUUGCCAUGGGGCUCAGAUAUAAAUAAAAGUCUGACGAAGCUGCUUACCAGUCUAGAACAGAAAACAGGCUUGAAAAAGCUAGGUUUUCAGAAGUGGUUUCUCACAGAUGUCCAUAUAUGUCACUUAGCUUCCAUAAUUGAUAAAGGACAUCUACAAGAUAUUGAACACCUGGACCUAGAAGACAACUGUGUGACCAGUGAAGGCUGGAAAGAGAUUUUGACAUCCAUAGGGAGACUAAAAAAUCUGAAAUAUAUAAAUUUGAGCAGCAAUGCCAGUUUUACACCCAGCCCAUGGGUAAUUAACAUGCUAAGCAAGAAAAUAUCUGAAUUGUGCGCAUUGCAGGAAAUAUUGAUUCUAAACUGGCAACUAGAUAAGCAUGACAUGGAAAACCUCCAUAAAGUGAGGAGCAAGGGUGGUAGAGAAUUUCGACUGAGAGUUAGCACAGAGAUGAAAGAGGAUGAUGAAGAAGAGGGCUCAUAGAAGACAAGGAUGGAUAGUCAGCCUUUUGUUUGUCGUCAAUCUACAGUACACCGUAAAGAUAUAACUGAUAACUAGUGGCUUCCCAUGAAGAAGACAACAUAUACUGUAUGGGCUGAGGAACACUGAAGCCAUGAACAGAGGCCACGCUUGAAGAAUAUCAUAGAAGGUAUUGCACAAUAGACAAGAAGAUCAAGCAGCCCCAGAGUAGCCCUCCUUUGUCUGGCACUUGAAUGACCACAUUUGUUUAUAUAGAACCUUCCAAUACAAACCAUAAUUCAAUGGGGGACAAGGUUAAGCAGUCUUGGAGUGGCUGUUAACGUCUGACCUUUGAAUAACAUUUGUUUAUAUUAAACAUUCCAAUGCAAACCCUAACUCAAGGUGCUUUAAAAAAUGGUAGCAAACACAGAAAAACAAUACUCAAAUAAACUAAUUAUACUAAAGGUGAUAUGGUCAGUGGGGAGCGAUAAAAAGAACCCCAAUGGUGAAAAAACGUCCGCGGUUCUACAACCAGAAGCCCACCCAUACCCUGCUGGGCAUUUUAUUGUUUAUUUAAGAUACAAAUAAAAGAGAGAUCAGCAUGUGCUGAUGCCAAAAAGGACAGGACCUCAGUGUUCAUCAGCCAGGGAAUUUUGUCCAAAAGGAAGUGGCACAGGAACGCCAGCAGAUAACAAGAAGAGAAAACAAAAGACAAAUUUUAGUCACAAAUUUUUAAAAAAGGCAGACUAAAAAGUCAAGUUUUAAAAAGUGAUUCUGAUGUGUCUAAAGGUAGAUUAUCCAAUAUGUUUGGAUCAUAGAAACUGAAAACACUCUCGCAACUUCUUCUUGUUUUAUUCUUGGAAUUGCAAGCAAAACAGAAUUUAAGGAUGUAAGGUUAUGAUUGGGAAUGCAAGGGGGCAAACAUUCCAAAAUAUAUGAAGGUGUAAGAUUAUUCAAAGCCUUAUAAACAUUUAGCAAUAUUUUAAAAUUGAUUCUGAAAAGACACAGGCAGCCAGUAUAAAGACACUAAUACUGGUGUAAUGUGUUCAGAUGUCUUAGGAUUCUUGCAGCUGCAUUCUUAACUAAUGUUAAUAGAUUUAAAUCUUUUUUGAUAGACCUGUUAGGAGUGCGUUGCAGUAAUCUAAGUAAUUUAAAACAAAUCCAUGUAUCAGCUAUUUUGCAUCCUUUAAAAACAUAAAGGAAUGGACAUAUGCUGUAUUUCUUAAAUUAAAAAGUGUGGUGUUGCAGAUAUAAUUGAUAUCAGACUUAAAGUUAAGCUCUGAAUUUAAAAUAACUCAAUUUUUUUACAUCAGAUUUUCUACUUGUUUGUAAUUUUUCUAUUUUUUUAAAAUUAUUUUACACAUUUUUAUUGUAUUUAACAACAAGUACUUCAAUUUUCUCUUAUUUAAUUUAAGAAAAUUAUUUCUCAGCCAUUACAUAAUGCUGUUUAAGCAAUCUGUCAAACAGUUUAUUACCUUUGUGUCACCUAGGGCCAUAGAUAAAUAAAUCUGUGUGUUAUCUGCA